AUGAACAUGUCAGCUUCUGAAUGCAGCAGUGGGUGUGAAUCUGGUUGGACUAUGUACUUAGAUCAAUUCUCAAACUCUGCAGAACAAUGCCACAGAGUUGGUGAAGAUUGUAGAAGUAAAGGAGAAAAUGUGGAUGAGGAAGAAGAAGAUGAGGAUUUGUCCAUGGUGUCUGAUGCAUCAUCAGGGCCUCCACAUGUCAAUGAAGAUUGCUUUGAUGGAACUGGGUUUUUCGGCUUUGCUUCUUCAGAUUCUGAACAAGUAAAUAAGAACAAGCAGAAAAAUAGAGUAGAACAUGGUGGGAAGCCACAAAAUUCAUAUCUUGAUGAUACUGCUAACUCCCAUUUCUUGAGCUUUUCCAAGGCAAGUCCAAUGAAAACAGAAUUACUACUUAAAAAUAGGGGUUUUCCCAACAAUGAAGCUUCACUGCAGCAUGUCCAGGGAGUCUCUCAAGGCGUUUCUGAGACAAAAUUUAAGGGAAAAUCUGCAAUAAAGAGGCAGUUUGGUUUCUUGCAGCCUUUAAAGCCUGGUAAAGCAGCUUCUGAGAAAUCAGGUGGUUUGCAGGGAAGAAAGUAGCAAUGGGAACUGCCUAUAUCAUAUCUUCUGUCUCUGUUGCUGCAGUUGAGAGAGAGAGAAUGGGGCAUGUAAAAGCAAAAGGCACUACAUUUCUAAGGAUCUUUUGUUUCCUUUCUUCUUUAUUCAAUCUUCUUACUUGUUAUUUGGUCCCUGUCAAUGCAGUGGGAAACAACCGGAGAACAUAAAUGUUAAAAACUGUUAUGUUUUUCUUUUUAUAUAUUUUCAUUCUGUGUCAUCAGUAUCAGUGACAAAUGAGACUUGUG